AUGGAGAUCGACAAGAAACAGCCAUCCGACGAUGUUGUGGAUGAAAAAGACGUGCAACUUGGCACCGUGAAGGAUCUCGAUGAAGGAGAGGUCUUCCUUCACCAACACGGAUUCAAUCAAGAAGCCAUCCAGACACUACUAGACGAUGAACCACGCAACAAAGCCCUGGUCCGCAAAGUGGACCUUGUCCUGUUACCUCUACUCGCCGGUACAUACAUGUUGCAGUAUAUCGACAAAUCAGCACUUGCCUACUCCGCCGUGUUCGACCUUCUCCCUUCAACGAAUAUGUCCAGCGAUCAGUACAGCUGGCUCGCCAGUAUCUUCUACUUUGCAUAUCUCGUCGCCGAAUACCCAUGGGCUAUACUUGCACAGAAAACAAAGCUUGCAAAAGUCGUGUCCGGAAACAUCAUCGCUUGGGGUGCAAUGCUCAUGAUCACCGCGGCUUGCUCUUCCUUUACAGGAAUGGCAAUCUGUCGCUUUCUACUAGGUGUCUUCGAAGCCCCCAUUACGCCUUGCUUUAUGAUGAUGAUCGGAAUGUGGUACACGCGUGCUCAGCAACCAUUCCGCGCGGGUGUGUUCUACAGCUGCAACGGACUGGGAGCAAUGGUGGGCGGCAUUCUCACUUAUGGAAUCGGGCAGAUCCAUACCAUUGCCGUGUGGAGAGCUAUCUACCUCAUUCUUGGCGGAAUUACCCUCGUUUGGGGUGUUGUGAUGCUCGUCUUCCUCCCUGACGAUGUUGUUUCAUCGAAACGUUUCAGCCUGGAUGAAAAAGCCCUCUUGGUCGCCCGUGGACGACUAGGACAGACUGGUAUCAUUAACCACCAAAUCAAAUGGCAUCAAAUCCGCGAAGCUCUGGUGGAUCCCCAGGUUUGGAUCUUAUUCUUCUUCACGCUCUUGAAUGAGGUCGUCAAUGGCGGAAUCGCGAGCUUUGGCAAGCUCAUCAUCAAAGGGUUGACAGACAAUUCCGCGACUGCUGUUGCGUUGGGAAUUCCCUUUGGUGGAUUCCAGAUCUUCUAUGUCCUUGGAGGUACAUAUCUCGCCUCCCGUUUCAAGAAUUUCAGAACUGUUGUCAUGUUCGUCUACUUGAUGCCUACUAUCCUUGGGGCGAGCUUGUUAUGGAAGCUGGAUCAUACGACUUACAAGGUUGGUGUCUUGUUUGGCUACUACAUCAUCGGUGCCUAUGUUUGCUCCUUGGUACUGGCUUUGCAGAUGCCAGCAACCAACCUUGGUGGAUACACAAAGCGAACUACCAGUGUUGCUCUGGUCUUUCUGGCAUACUGCGCUGGGAACAUCAUUGGGCCACAUGCGUUCCUUGCAAAGGAAGCGCCCAUUUACCAGACUGGAGUUAAGCUCAUCCUCGCAUGCUCAUCUGCACAGGCAGCUCUUGCUGUCUUGUUGCGCUUGCUGUUGAUUCGGAGAAACAAGCAAAGAGACGCUGCAGCUGCAGCUAGAAAUGAAGUUGAUACAUUUGCUGAUGAAAGCACCAUGGCCGACUUGACUGAUUUCGAGGUGAGUGGAAUUCUUCUAAUCAAUCAGUGCAAAUUCCCCAGGAGUUUCUCACUAACCGGUCAACAGAACCCACACUUCCGAUACGUUUAUUGA